AUGGCGGCAUCGGCCGCAACAUACAAGGACCGGCAGUUCCUUGCCGUCAUUGGUGAUGAAGACUCCGUUACUGGUCUUUUGCUCGCUGGCAUCGGGCAUGUUACCGAACCGCCGGAAUCCCAGCGAAACUUCCUUGUGGUAGAUUCUAAGACUGAGACGUCGGAGAUCGAACGGGCCUUCCAGAACUUCACCCAGGAGAGGAAAGACAUUGCUGUGCUUUUGAUUAACCAGCAUAUUGCUGAACGCAUCCGUCACAGUGUCGACACGUUCACCGAUCCCUUCCCGGCUGUUCUUGAGAUCCCCAGCAAAGACCACCCAUACGACCCGGAGAAAGAUAGCGUUCUGAAGCGUGUUCGCCGCCUGUUUGGAGAGUAG